AUGCUACUAACCCAUCUGUCUCUCCAGAGAACCUUUGAAGAUGUUGUUCUUCAAGGCCUGGCCUCGGACGGAGGUCUCUUCAUCCCGGAGGAAAUGCCUGCCCUCCCUAAAUCGUGGGAGACCGAAUGGCGCGAUCUGAGCUUUGAGGAUUUGGCGCUUGAAAUCAUGUCUCUCUACAUCUCCACCGACGAGAUUCCCCGAGAAGACCUUAAGAGCAUCAUCUACAAGUCCUACUCGACCUUCCGCCACCCCGAACGCACCCCUUCUGUCCUCCUUGAAAAGAACCUCUACCUGCUAGAGCUAUUCCACGGCCCGACCUUUGCGUUCAAGGAUGUUGCUCUUAGUUUCCUCGGAAAUCUGUUCGAGUAUUUCCUUGUUCGCAAGAAUGCUGGAAAGACUGGCAAGGACCGACACCACCUCACUGUUGUUGGUGCUACUAGCGGUGACACUGGUUCAGCUGCUAUUUAUGGACUUCGCGGCAAGAAGGAUGUCUCCGUAUUCAUCCUCUUCCCCGAUGGGGGCCGAGUCUCGCCUAUCCAAGAAAAGCAAAUGACAACUAUCUUGGACCCUAAUGUGCACAAUCUCACCGUGGCUGGCUCAUUCGAUCACUGCCAGGAUAUCGUCAAAGCGCUCUUCGCAGAUGAUGACCUGAACUCCACCCACAAUAUCGCCGCGGUCAACAGCAUUAAUAUGGCCCGAAUCUUGGCCCAGAUCACCUACUUCUUCUACUCCUACUUCUCCCUCACCAAGAUUCCUUCUUUCAACAAGGACUCCAAGGUGCGCGUGGUCGUCCCGUCCGGCAACUUCGGCGACAUCCUCGCCGGUUGGUUUGCCAAGCAGAUGGGCCUCCCUAUCGACAAACUGGUGAUCGCCACUAACGCAAACGACAUCCUCGACCGCUUCUUCCGCAGUGGUGGUCACUACACAAAGAAGGCCCUCGACGCCCCCACCGACCACGGUGUGAAGGAAACCCACAGCCCCGCCAUGGACAUUCUCGUCAGUAGCAACUUCGAGCGUCUCCUCUGGUUCCUCUCCUACAAGACUACCAAGGGUACUGAAGUCGAGCGCCGCAAGCACGCCUGCGAGAGUGUCAGUGGAUGGCUGAAUGAGCUCAAGACGAACGGAGGCUUCCAGGUCCCCAGUACCGUCCUCGAAGCCGCCAAGGUCGAUUUCGAGAGCGAGCGCGUGAGCAACGAGGAGACUAUCGCUAUGAUCCGUGAUAUCUACAAGACUUCCUUCCCCAAGGGUCUCGGUCCCGGCUCCGCUAAGAGCUCCAAGACCGGUGGUUACAUUCUUGACCCCCACACUGCUGUUGGUGUUGCUGCUACCCGCCGCUCUCUGGCACGUAACCCCGAUGCUACCCAUAUCUCGCUGUCUACUGCCCACCCGGCUAAGUUUGCUAGCGCUGUCGACCUUGCUCUGCGCUCCGAGGAUGGCUAUGACUUCACCGAGAUCUUGCCCCAGGAGUUCGUUGGUCUGGAGCAGCGUGAGAGUCGGGUUACCCCCGUCGGGGAGAGUGCUGGAUGGCAGGGUGUUAAGGAGAUUGUUAAGGCGGAGCUUGAACAGGAGUUGCAGGGUCUGCGAUAA